AUGUUCCUGACUGCGCUCCUCUGCCGCGGCCGCAUUCCUGGCCGUCAGUGGAUCGGGAAGCACCGGCGGCCGCGGUUCGUGUCGUUGCGCGCCAAGCAGAACAUGAUCCGCCGCCUGGAGAUCGAGGCGGAGAACCAUUACUGGCUGAGCAUGCCCUACAUGACCCGGGAGCAGGAGCGCGGCCACGCCGCGGUGCGCAGGAGGGAGGCCUUCGAGGCCAUAAAGGCGGCAGCCACUUCCAAGUUCCCCCCGCAUAGAUUCAUUGCGGACCAGCUCGACCAUCUCAAUGUCACCAAGAAAUGGUCCUAAUCCUGAGUCGUCACCCUUGGAUUUUAUGGAUCACGGAGCUGCCCAUCUUUACCUGGUCCUGGAACUGAAAAACUGUAGCUUCUGUGAAAGUGAGCCUUUGGACCAGUCUUUAUUACAACAAACAAACAUGAGUAGUCUGCAUAUAGAAUAUCUAGGGCUCUAAACCCCCCAAUACUUAAAAGUCUAAUUGCUGUCCUGUGUUUUCAUUAGUCUGAUAGGAAGAUAGGGAUUUCCUCAGUCACAGAUGAUAUUUUGAAGGAAAGCUGCAAUAAAGCCACAAUGAUUUGA